GAAGAGCAUUGUGUGUUGCCCUGCUAGUGUCCAGUAUUCGGAAUGCUGCCAAGCGGCUCAGAUGCUCUCAGACUCUUGGCGUUCCUGGUCAUAGCUGUGUCUGUGGCGAACUGCUUACAACGACAAGCACGAAAUUCCGAUGGCCAAGUGGGAAGAUUGUAUAUUGGAGAUUUGCCCUACGAGCUCGUCAAUCAAGAUUUGUUUGGCACUCCACCAGCCGACAAACACACCGUGAAAAGAAGUGACAACAGAGAUAUUCUUUUCGACGAUUCAUUACCUUCUCUCAGCAAUCGUUUCGAAUGGCGUUUCAAUCGGCUGUGAUACUUGCUAGAUUUUACACAACCACAUUAUUAGUCCAUCUUUUUGUGCUGUAUCAAGAUUCUGCUUGUGUUUUCGGAAGCGAGUCAAAGGAAGAUCAACAAGAAGGCUGAGAGUAUAUUGAGAAUUUGUUGAUGAGCUGGAUAAAGU